AUGGGGAUGUCUCCUGCCGACUCCCUCGCCGCCGGCCGGACCCGCCGCGCUGGAUCUCUCGCUCCCCUGCCCAAGCGCGUGUGCGUCUUCUUCGUGGACGCCGACGCCACCGAGUCCGAGUCCUCGGGGGACGAAGAGGUCAGGCGCGGCAAGCGGCGCGUGCGGAAGGUCAUCGACAUCAGCGUGAAGGCCUCCUCUCAGCCAUCUCCGGCGUCGUCCAUCCCACGGAGACGGGCUCUGCUGCUGCGGCGGCGGGCGGCGAAGGCCGGCGACGGCGGCUACCGCCGGCGGUUCCGUGGCGUGCGGCAGCGGCCGUGGGGCAAGUACGCCGCGGAGAUCCGUGACCCGAGCCUGCAGAAGCGGCUGUGGCUCGGCACCUUCGACACCGCCGAGGAGGCUGCCGCCGUGUACGACGACGCGGCCGUGCGCCUCAAGGGAUCCCACGCCGUCACCAACUUCUCGUCCAGCUCCAGCUCCGACUCCGACUACGUCGCGUCCAACAAGCCCCGCUCCCCGCCGCCGGCGAAGCUCCGUCCUACCGGGGAAGCGGCAGCAGAGGCCACCGCGACCGUUCCCCCAUCCGCGCCGUCGCCGCCCCCGGAGCCCGAGCCCGAGGACGACGACGCCGACUCGUUCAACCCGUUCGCCUCGUCCCUGACCCCCGUCCUCCGUAGCGCGCCCGGCGAGGCGCCCCGCCCAGUGGACCACCUGUACGGCGAGCUCUGCGACCUGGCCUCGACCGCUCCGCCAUCCAAGGCGGUGGAGUUCGACUGGCAGCAGCCGUGGUGGGAGAGCGAGCCGAAGGCGACGGAGUUCGACUGGCAGCUGCCGUGGUGGGAGAGCGAGGACUUCGUGAUGCCGCCGGCGGCGAGCGCCGUCAGCGUGAUAUGA